AUGGCUAUAUUCAAGAUUCAUGAGCAAUUGGAAAAGAACAAUGGAGUAGCUCUCAAGGCAAGCAACAAGAACAAAGAGAAGAAAGCAAGUUCAUCAUCCAAGGUAACCAACAAGGAUGAUAGUGAUGAUAGUAGUGAUAGUGAAAGCAUGAAUGAAGAAGAAAUGGCUCUAUUCAUGAGGAAGUUCAAGAAAGUGAUGAAGAAGAGUGGUUUCUUUGACAAGAACAAGGACAAGAGCAAGACAAAGAGAAAGUCACAGAGGCUAUGCUUUGGAUGUGGCAAGAAAGGUCAUUUCAUUGCCGAUUAUCCGAAAGCUAAACACAAGAAGGAAGGAUCCUCCAAGUUUGACAAGAGCAAGUAUAAGAAAAAAAAUAUUGGUGAAGCUCACUUGGGUCAAGAGUGGGAUUCUAAUGAAGAAAGCUCGAACUCCGACAAAGAAGUGGGAUUGGCCACAAUGGCUAUUGGAGUGUCAACCCCCAAGUCAUCUCUAUUUGAAGAUCUUACCGAUAAUGAAGAUGACUUCACUCACACUUGCCUCAUGGCUAGAGGUCUUAAUGUAGACUCCGAUUCACCUUUUCAUAAUAAUGAUGAUGUAAAUAGUGAUGAUGAAAAGAUGAUAAAAGGUUUAGAAAAACAUGCUUCUAAAAGAAUAAUGAAACUAAUGAUAGAACUAGAAGAUAGGGAUGAGACUCUUGAGGUGCAAGAAGAGUUAUUUAGGCUUGAGCGAGAGAAAACCAUUGCUCUUGAGAAUUCUUUUAAAAAUGAAAAGAAGGGUUUCAAGAUGCAAGAGAACUUGCUCAAAGCCAAAAUGGAGAAAGUUGUUAGCCUUGAAAAAUAUCUUUCUAAAGAGAAGAUGAAAGUGGAGGAAUUAACUAAGAAACUCUCCUUAGCUAAGGAUGCUAGUGCUAAUCUUAAGAUUGCAAGAUUGAGCUCCAAGAGAACCUCACAAAGUGCAGUUCAAGAAAUAUUCAAGAAGUUUGCAACUAGAACACAAAAUGAGUUUGAAGUGAAGAUCAAGAGAGUAAGAAGUGACAAUAGCACCAAGUUCAAGAACACCAACAUUGAAGAGUAUCUUGACAAGGAAGGCAUUGGUCAAGAAUUCUCCGUCCCCACAACAAAAUAG